AUGUUAUGUUUUGUUGUAAAACAAACAACUGAGGCACUAGCGGAACAGGUUACACAGGAGCAUUUUGACAAUGGACUGAUAUACCCUACGUUCACCAACAUCCGUAAGAUUUCCGCUCAUAUUGCUGCCAGGGUGGCAGCCAAAGCAUAUGAACUUGUUCCUAAAUCAUACAUAUGGCCUGUGGAUAAUGACUUCUAUUUACAACCAUCUACCUCAUUGAUCUUGGAUGCCCACAAAGAGGAUUUACAAGUAUUUUGUUCAGAUUUCAUGAAUGAUGUGCAACUUGCAUAUAAUUACAGUUAUGACCAUGUAGAAGACUAUCUGUAUGUUGUGGAUAAUGGCAGAUUCUCUAUGGAUGGUGUUCUUUUCGAUAAUCCAGUGACUCCAUCAGUAGCUUUUAUGACUGUGAGAUUCAUUCAAAAGGAUCCAGACGAGAAGAAAUCAUCAUUCAACCCGAGACUGUAUUUCAAGUUAUUCAUUGAUUGGCUGGUUGAACUUAGUACCCUUGAUCCGAUUUUUGAAGGUGCAAACUUUCAGGAAGAUGAAACGGCAGAUGUCAAUGGUGUUGCUGGUGGGACGUCUAGUGGGAAUGGAAACGUGGCCACAAUAUGUGCUUUCAUCUGUUGUUCUUCCUGA